AUGUUGAGCUUCAAGAGUAUCGCCGGGUUCCUGAAGAAGGUGGGCGGUACGCGCGAGGAUCACAGCAAAGAGGGCCAUCAGAGAGGUGGCGCUGAUGGAAGCCAUGCUGGGGCAGGCAGCAGCGGCAGCGCAUCCGCUUUUCCAGCUGGUUCACCAGCGACCGGUGGCGCAGGUGAUAGUGCACAUCACCGCUCAUACAUAGGAAACAGUCGCACUGCCUCCACAGGCAGCGCAGGUGCGGUGGUAGGGUCGCACCACGGGGACGCGGCUUACGAUUCGCACUUGAGCGACUUCCCCACAUCAGGGAUGCCGUCUACCUUUGGUGACAACGUGAUGUUCGCGUCCUCGCACAUUCUUAGAGGGCUCCCACCAAACACAAGCAUGCAAGACGUGUUGCUGCAUAUUCGAUGUGUCGUGCAGGAGCGCAGCGAGCAGCUGCAGCAAGAGGAGCGGGAGGAGCAAGAGCGCUCAUCAACCUUAUGGCAGCGCGGCUUCAGUGAUGGCAGCAUUGCUGCUGGUGAGAACGCCACCGCAGCAGGGGCACAGAGGCGAAGGAGCGCUUCGUUUACAUCCGUAGCCGCCACCAAUGGCGCCGAGGCGCGUGCAGCCCCGUGUGAGAGCGCCGGCCCUGCCGCUUCUCUGAAGGGAAAAGCAGAGAAAGGGGUCGCGAGAGUGGCGCGGGAGCACGUGCAGAAGCUUCAAAAGAUGCGAGCCGAGAUGAUCGAUGCACUGGAUUUGUGCCUGCAGGAAGUUCCGGAGGACCCGCGCACCUGGGGCAGUAGCAGUGCCAGUGUUUCCGAGGACGAGCGUGCGCGGAACGGCAGGGCUGGCGCAGAUGCGCACAAGCACCAGGAGCGCUCCGGUGGCACACCGGACGCCGCGGCAGACAACAACGGCGACGCAUUGCUCGAGGGCAUGAGGACAGAGUCGGAGCUCGUCGUAUCACAACAGGAGUCCUCCACUGCCGCUACCGUAGUGGGCGCGGCUGAGCCGUCGGCCGUGAUAGCGCAGGAGCCUUUGGCCCCUGCUGACUUUGGCCACUACGAGUGGCGGCGGCUUCUCAUGGAUAUCAUCAAUGCUCUGGUGCGCAUUGACCGAGCUCUCCUUCACGAUGCACGUCUCCGCGCACUCGAACGGCUCAUCCCUAGCACCACAGGCUCGCACGGCAACGCUGGGCCGGAGUUCCGGUGGGAGAACCUCUCGCAAGCCCUCCUGACGCCUGCUGUCUUAGGGUCCCCCUUCAGCGCCGCAGAUGCGGCGGCGACUGGCUCACGUCGAAGUCAGCUUCCCCUCACACCCACCCGCGGUCCUCAGCGACACCCGCCGCACGGAGACUCGGCGUCGUUAAACUCGCCUCUUCCUAGUCGGAAUGCAGACACUGCCGCGUUGGCAGGAAUAGCAACCCCGCGCGAGAGGGCCGUCACACCAGUGUCCACCAACCCCGCUGCCAGAGCGGGCUCCAGCUCCUCACCCUUUGCCAAGGCCAAGCGAGUGUUGGCGGAUAGCGGCGUCGUGUCGCCUGAGCCCCCAACGGACCUCGUCAUCACGAAGGAAGACAAGAAGAUGCUGGAGGAACUCCUCACCAUCGCAUGCUCCCUUGCCAGCUGGGCGAUCGUCAAGGCGAUCUUGCGCCAUCACCUGCACGUACUGGAGCAGCGACAGAGCCGAGGUAGCUUCACACCCUUGACCAAGGCAGGCACCACCGCCACGGCUAGCGUGCGUCUCAGUGGGGACAUCCCUGCGUCGGCAACAAACAUGGAAACGUCAGGGGCUGGCAACGCGAACACCACCGGGCGACCGCCGCUUGCCCCUCCUGCCCCGCCUCCACCAGCGGCGAUGAAUGAUGCUGCCUGCUCCAGCGACGCUGCAGAAGGCGGAGCCGGUGCUGCAGAAACAGCAGCGACGGAUGACGACCAAAGCAAGACCGCGAAUCACAUCAGUGCAAUGGAUGACGUGGAUGCGAUACCAUACAUUGACUGGGCGGCUGUCGUGCAGGAGCUGGCGGAGUGGAUCGGCGAGCAGCACUUUGUCGCGAUUGCGGAGUGCAUCCUCUGCGCGAGCUUCUUGCGCGAUGAUGGGCGCGAGAUGGUGCUGUGCAUGUUGCAGACCCCGAAGCCGCGGCGGCUGCUCACAAACAUUCACCGGCACGCCGACAAGCUGCGCCGCGCUGACGUGGACUCGCUUCUUAGUUGCUCGUCGCCUCCGCGGGUGGUGACCGCAGCGACGGUGCCGGCAGGCAGCCCCACCGCUGCUACCACAGCCUUCUCUGGAUCAGCCCCGGGAGCCACAUCCAGUACACUGACGAGUAGUGGGUCGCCAUCGGCGAGCAGCAGCAUUGGCGCAGCAGCUGCAGCACCGCCCGCGGGCACCUCCGCGAACACCGCUCAGACGGCAGCCGCCAUGGGAGCCACGUCUUUCCUCCCAGUUGCCAAGGUAGCCGCCGCGGGGCCCUCAUUGACGCCUAACACAAUUCGGGCGAUGUUGGAGGAUCCCACGCUGGUGAUGGACGACCUCGUCGCGCGGCUAGAAAUGGUAUACCGCAAAGCUGUCGCAAAUACAUGGGCAUCCUACCUAGAAGACGCAAUUGAAGCGGAUGUCCAGCAGCUCUCCAUCGCUGCUGACAACGCCGUCGACGCAGCAGGCACUCCCGCUGCGGGCGACGCCGACACGUCCCCGGCCUCCACCCCAACGACCCACCUAAUGGCGGCAGGCGAUGAGGUGUUGAAGCAGAGCACUGGCAACGUGGCGUCACCGCCGGCGCUCCCGCUGCUGCAGAAGGUGCACAUCACAGACACCAAGACCCUCUGUCGCCUAGCCACUGCCUUCUUCUUUGGCUCUGAUGCGUGGUCAGAGAACAAGCGGGAGCGCCGCUUUGCGCUACUCUUUCGCAGCAUGCGUGGGAGGAUGGAGCGGUACAGCGAGUCCGCCGCGACGCGGCGGCACUUGCGUCGCGGCACAAUCUGUGCCGCCUCCAUGACGCACACGGUUGCAUCUGUUGCCGCGGCAAGCUCUCUCGAUUCUCACCCCCUCGUGGAGCUCGCCAUGGCUGGAGCUGCCGCGGCAACAACCGCGCCCAGCAGCAGAGGCGCCUCACAGUCGCAGAGCCUUACAAUCCCACCUCAGAUGAGCGCAUCCGCCGCCCCAGUUUCCAGUGCUUCGGCGGGCCUGACACCGCCGAAGUUUAGUGUGGAGGACACGUCCGCAAGGCCGUCGCCGUCUGGAGGGUGCCCGUCCGCCGCGAGCAACGCUGCUGGCGUCAGCACUCCUGCCUUGGCGAAUCGUGGCGGGGCCCCGUCGAGCCAGUGGGUUGCACAGCAGCUUCUUUCAUCGAAUGCGAGCACUGCUGCCAUCUCGGCCCACAGCACCCCGCUUACCGCCUCGCUCCUUGUCAGCCGCGACGGGACCAACGAUAUAGAGGGGACGGUGUCGGGAGCAGGGGGGCCCAUCAAUGGAUCUGGUCUUUUUACUGUGGGACACACGGAUCGGACAACGACGUGGACACCAUUUGCCUUCGCGAUGACCUCCUCAGAGCCCAUGACCCCGCCGCCGGAGCUGCACCACCAGAGCUCCAGCACCACAAACCAGAGGGGCGCCGAAGACGGACACCAGGAGACGGGCGAGGACAACGUCGGCAGACGCGCCAUGGAGUCGAGUGCCUUGUCCAUCCCGACGGUCACCCUGCAGGAGCCUCCCACCCUUGCGCAACCCGCUACCUCCAAGGCCGGGGACAGCGCACUGGAGUCCUUGGUGCUGGAGCGAAUUGUGAACAUGUCGUGGUCAGCGGCGCUGCACAAGCGGGGCGAGCAGUGCUUGACUGCGAAGCCGCCGCGCCUAGAGGAAGCGGAGCAGGACGCGCUGGAAGAGCGCCUCGUUGCAAACGCCUUUGGUGAGUUCCGUGCACGCCAGCGCGCCAUCGUCUCCCUCAUUAACGCGCGUUUGGCCUCGGGCAAGUCGGUGGAGGCGCUGACGAACGCGCAGAAGCACUUCAAGUUCGAGAAGAAAGACUGGACAAGUCACAAUCAAACAAUCUUCUCCGCGAUGCGAUACCUGCAAUCAAUGGUGUUUCUCGUGCGGGCCCAAGCCGCGUGCCGUGUCUACGGCGCCGUCAUUGAAACAGUCCAGUUUGUACUGCCCCAAGCCACCCUCUGCGAGCAGAUGCUGCAGGUGCUGGCACCUCGACCACGAGGCGACUACAUCCUCCGCUUUGGCGACUGCCGGUCAAAGCUGCUUCGGUCCUACGUGUAUCUGCUGAAAGAAGGUUGGCUGGCGCACGCCGCCUUCAACGACUUGGCGAAGGCGGAGAAGUACUUUAUGAAAUGUGCGCAGGUGAUGCAAAUGCUGCGCCGCCGCAUGCGGGAGACGGAGCUGUUUGCCGCCUACAUGGAGCGCGGCGCGCAGUUGAUGAAGCUGAAGGAGUACAAGCAGUCGGUGGAACUCUUUCGGUGUGCUGUGAACAUCGCCAAGAAGUCGUUGCAGGCGGCCGAUGCAGCAGCAGCAGCAGCAGCAGCAGCGAGCGCAUGCGGCGACAGCAGCGUCUUCAGCCCAAACGCCUCUGUCGGCCCCGCUGGACCGUCCCCCGGUUCACCUAUUACCAACAUAGAGAACGCGGUGUCUGCUGCAGCCGCCGGACUUGCUGCGAAGGUGCCACCGGCGGUGUUGCAGCAACAGUUUCAUCGCAACCUGCACCUACGCGCUGCCGGUUCCGGCAGCCUCACCACGGCCGAGGAGCACAUCCCCGGUGUAACGGACGCCAUUGAGGAUGACCUGGAGCUAGUCUGGCGCGUUGCCGAGAGCGAGCGCAUGCUGGCGCUGUCCUACGUCACCCAAGCCGAGCAUGAGGUGAACGUGCGAGAGCGCCGUGAGGAGCUUAGCAACGCCGUGAGCAGCGCAUACAGCUCGCAGCGGUCGCUGCAGCGGUGGCAAAGGAAGGGUGGAACCCCGAAGCGGUUGCUGACUGCAGUGCCGUGCAGCCUCAUCGUUAUUUGCAAAGGGCUGCUGCUGCUGAACCAGCCGCGCAAGGCCGCCCUGCUGCUCGAGCCGCUUAUCGAGAACAAACCGAACUCACCACUGCUGUACGCGCGGUGCCUGGCGGAAUUCGAUGGUGACCGGGCCCUCCGCGCCGUCACGCUGGUUGAUCAGCUACUCCAGGAGAGUGACGCCUGGAUCUGCACCAUCCGCACCGAGCUCCGCCACGCACUGGAGAACGUGAGCGUCAAGGACAAAAAAGUGCCCGACUCGCUGAACUCGCCACGAACAGCCCCGAGCGUCGAGGUGCUGCGGCUCACCAGUGCUGUCUCUCCGCGUGGUGCUGUGGGGCACGGCCCGAACAGCGAGGAUGGCGAGGACGGACAAAGCUACGGGCGACAGGGCUACGGCGCUGGCGCAGAGACCACCGCCUCCGCCUCCAUUGCUGCCACGACGGUUGGCAAAUGUACGGCUCGCACGAUUGAGGUGCCGACUCUGCAGAUGCCGACCAGCCAUUCCUCAACUGGGUCGCCGUCGCCGCUCGAUGACGACCGCCACAGCCCGGGGUGGAACUCACCGGAAGAAGCACCACUGCGGCCGCGGCGUUCGACAACGGUAGGAACUGCAGGCACGGCUUCCACCACUGCCGUCGAAUCCGCUUCCGUGCACGACGAACCGUCGCCGGGAGGUGGCGGUAGCGGUGGCGGCGCCGGUGGUGCCGCGAUGGAUGACGAUGACCGAAGCCGCCGCAGCACCUCCAUCCAGCUCAGUGCCACUGGUGGCAACCCCAGCGGGGCGGACUUAUUCUCCUUAGUAAACAGUGUGAAUGCAGGCAUUUCCAGUAACACGGCGAUGCCGACCGCACACAGCAACCACAGUCCCAUCUCCACCGCUCCACAUUUGCCACAGCUGCCGGCGAUUCGAGUACACACAGAGAGCUCGAGCGAGUGCAUGACGGCACUUUUUUCCCUCCGUGAGGCCAAGUCGCACAUCCGCAAAGCGCUUCGCGGCAUCUUCAUCGUCAGCGGUGACGCGUAUUCCCUCAUCAAGAACUGGGAGGAGGCGCUGAAGGUCUACUCGCAUGCCCUCGUCAUCACCAUGAGUGAAGUCGAAGCCGCCAGCGCGGCCGCACAGUCGCGCCGCCGCGUCAGCCACAGCACCCCACAAGCUCACUUUUCGUCGCAACAGUCGUCGACGAGCCCGGUCGCCGCGGACGACGGCGCGUCCCUGUCCGCUCCCCACGACGCCUACGAGACUUUCGGCAACAACGUCCGCGGUGACGUCAGUACCUCUCUGCAAGCCUGGGGCCCAGUUGUCCCCCUGGAUGAGGAGUUCUUCCUGUGGGAUGAGGAGGACGUGCUCAUGUCCGACAACCUCAUCAACCGCGAGCUUACGGCGUCGACGGCAGCGAGGGAUCUUCGGGCAGUGGUGGCUGAUGAGGAGCGCAUGGAUUCGCGCGCGUGCGAGAGCGUCGUGCUCAGUAAACUGGCGAACGUGUACCGUGCCCUCGAAAAGCCUGCCACGGCGAUUCACUACCACACCCUGGUCAUGGAAUACGCCAACGAGUGCCACGACAAGUUGCUGGCCUACAACUCUAUGCUGAGCCUUGCUCGGCUGUACACCGCAGCGAACAUGAGCGACAAGGCACGUGACGCGUGGGCAAAGGUGAGUGAACUGGCAAAGGAGUACGAGGACAAGGAAGUCAGUCGGGAGACGAUGCGCAACAUCGUGGCAGCGCAGGAAGCCGCUGGCAUGUAUAUGGACGUGGUGAAGACGGCGGAGGAGCUGGAAAAGCUGGCCACCGGCGAGGAGGGCGAAGACGCCGCCAGAGAUAGCCGCUUUGCCCUCGAGGCGCUGGCAAACGCGAACCUGCAGCUGGGUCAGUUCGACGCUUGCAUCGCCGCCCUCGACAGCCGUGAAAAGGUGCAGGAGAAGUCGGUGGAGUGGAGCGGCGCGCUGCUGAGCAUGCGCGCCAAGGCACGAAUGGGCCUUAACAAGUCGGCGGAAGCGAUCAAGGUGAUGCAGAGCUGGGCCACCAAGGCACGCAAUCUCGCCAACUGGGUGGAGCUCGGUAAGGCAAACUCGGCGCUCUCUGCAGCGUAUGCCUCAGAGAAUCACAACAUGCAGGCGCGCUGCCACCACGAGGCCACGCUGAACGCCUUUGCCCUGGCCGAGACGCUCGACGAGGAGUGCCGCCACAUUGCACUGGAGAGCGCGCGGUGGUUGGUACACUACGCGUACCUGAACGACACCACGGUGCAGAUCGACCCUGCGCUCACGUACACCGGUGGUGGUCUCACAAGCGACUCGGAGGCGAGCGGCUGUGAUUUCCACUACGCAGACAGCGGCCUGUGCAACAUCAGCGGCGACCUUGGGGUGAUGCUCGCCAGGGAGGAAGAGCUGCGCCGCACAUCCUCGAUGCUUGGAGAAAACUGCAAGUUUGGCUUUAACGAUGACGACGACGACUUUGGUGGUGGUGGUGGUGGUGGUCUCCUAUCGAAUCAGAGCAUGUUCGGCGUACGUCCCCCCGAGCCGUCGCUUGCCGAUGCGCCCUCGCCGAAGGGCCACAGCAUGUCGGAGAAGGAGGAACAGCGUGACAAUUACGCGGCAGCGCACGGGGAGGAGGACGACGGCGAGGGAGCAGCCGCAGCAACUGAAGAUGACACACCGUCUAUGGCGUCCUCCUUCGUCUCUUCAUUCCUGGCGCCGAAGGAUUCGGGCAUGGCAACGCAGCCGCCCUCGCUGGCAUCCAGCGUUAACAUCUCGAUGCGAGGGUCCCUAACCCACCUGGACGCCGCGCUGGGCGGCGGCAACGAUCACAGCGAAGGCAGCAGCAGCGCAGGGCAGUCGGACGGUGGCGACAACGAAGCUGGCGAAGACGUGGAAGAUGAAGCGCCCCGCUCUAUGGAUGUGGAACACGUUGCAGAACACCAACAAGACCCUAAGCUGCCGAUAAGCGUCGAGGGCGAGGAGGCCGGUGACUUGGUGAAUCUAAAGAAGUCCGCACCGAAGCCGAGCGCAGCGACACCGACGCCAACCGUCAUCACUGCGGCAGCCAAGCCUACCGUGAACACCGCGACAGUGGCCGGUAGCGGCUCAACGGUCGGCAAGUCCGCCUCCAGCACCUACGUGCCGCCGCCAACGAGUCUCGCCAAUGUAUCCAUCUGCAGCCGCCCGGCAGCAGCCGCAGCAGGCACCGAUGUCUUGGAGCUGCCGGUCGACGCCAGCCACUCCGCAUCCGAGCACGCGACACUCUCAGGCCCCAGCACCACCAGCUCCCCUUUGAUGAGCAGCUCCCCACGCGGAGCAGCCUUUCAAGGUGGACCAGCAGCAACCGCCAGCGGCGGGGACGAUGACGGCGCUCACGAGCGCAAGCCCUCGACGGUGCGCACGACGUACUUUCGAGGCGCCAUUGAGAUGAUUGAGACGGCAGCUCAGCUGCUUCUCGUCCCUCGCAGCGUGCGCCACAUUGUCAUUCCGUAUAGUCCAGCCGAAGCCGUUGACUUUGCCCUGAUCGCCCAUCCGCAGUCCCUCUUCGUCUUCUACUUUGCCGAGUACACGACCGCGUACGGGGCCCAGUGUGACGUGGUUGUUCGUCCUCCGCACGCCGCCGGCUUCAUGAAGUUGCGUGCGCAGAUAUCCCUCCAGGAGUACCACAACAAAGACGCGAUGAGCGCACUGCUGGCGUCAACUUCUGCCGAGUUUUCGAUAACAGGGGAGCACGGCAAUGCUGCAGAGACUUCUGGUGCCGCCUCGUCAUCCACACACCCCUUCGGGACGGCUAUGGCGCGCGCCGCAACGGGGAGCGUGGCUGCGAGUCCACCCCUCACCCACUCAACCCCAGAAGUGUUGCGCGCUGCCUUGGAAGAGGAGACAUCCACGUGCCUGCGCAACCUCUACGCGGAUGCCUGGCAGCCCAUCGCAGAUCGCAUGCGCCGCGAGCACGUAAACUACCAAGACGUCGAGGAACUCAUUAUAAUGCCGGAUGUGUCCCUCAUGCACCUGCCUUUUGCCGGCUUCUUGCCAUCGCCCAACUACGGCGACGAGGAGGCACCACUUGGCGAGCAGUUCACGUUGAUUGUGACGCCAUGUCUGACCCACUUUGUGCACUAUGGCAUGGCACAUCAGCCACAGCGCUCGCGCAACACGAGCGGGGCCCUGGACCCGGCGGCCAAGAAGUACAUCUUCUUGCCCUACGACGGUAGUCUCGGCGCUGGUUCCGCGGCGCCUUCUCCUCAGCUCGCGAUGCCGAGCUUCGCGCUGUGCGCGACGUCGUCUUCGAGCACACGGCCGCAGCAGCAGACGAAGACCGGCACUGGCACGGCCGCAAAUUCUGCUACUAGUGCGCUAACAGCCACGGUGGGCUCCGCCGCCAGCAAGGCGUCGGUGCACAACGCUGUCGCACCUCCUGUCUCGUCUGCACACUCCCUCGCAGACUCCUUGCCCACUGGACAUCCCCUUGCUACCUUUUCGACUAUAGGUAACAUGAGUGUGCGCAGCAACCCUGUGCCAGCUGAUCCCACGUCAGCUACGCCAAGUAGUGCGCCGCAGCUGAGCGAAAGGCCCGACACCUUUGACGAUUUGCUGCGCACGUGGCGGGUGCACCGUGGGUGCACGCGCAAGGAACUCAUCCAGGCCUUCACGGAUGUGCGCACGCGGGCAUUGAUGUUCCUUGCCCCGGUCGACCAGGGGUCCAUUCGAGUCGCAGACGGGGUCGUGACAAUUCAGGAUCUGACGCAGAAUCUGCAGCAGGUGCGUGUUCAACAGCCGGCUGCCAACGUCACCAACCUACCCAGCAAUGCCACCUCGCUUGCCACGAGUGGUUCUCCUGGCGCCACCGCGACAGCGAUACCCCCCAACACGUCAGGGGCGCCGCCGGCUCUCCCUUUGCCUCCUCUCUGCUCUCACGUCGACCUACUCAUUCUUACCGCCAACCGCAGCCAGUACCCUACGGUCAGCGACGCUGGUGCGUCGGCCAAGUUGUGCAUGGAGCUGGGCGUCCACCGAGUUCUUCGACUCAACAUUCUUCAUGGAUUAUUGCCAAAUGACGAGCACCAUGCCUUCAUCGCACUUUACCUGGCCAAUCUCAAGAAAGUGAUGCGGUGGAUGCUGAAGAACCCGUACGCGGUGGCGCUUCGCACGACGAUGGCUGAGGCGCGGAGGCUGGGCAUGUCCUCCAAUACAUGGGGCGCGUUCACCCUGGUAGGUGUUCCGUGA